UCGCCCUUCGAUCGUUUCGGGCUAGCUAGUCACUAAGUUUCGACAGAUUUCGUCCUAGUGUCGCAGGUAGAGGUUGUUCUCCUGAAAGGCUUUUCUGAGAGUUAAUUCCUCCAGGGUCGUGCGAUCUCUUCGACCACGUCAGCCAUGCCGCUCGGUCAGAGAGCCGGCGAUUGCGAGCGAAUCGCGAUACGGCGGUGCCGAGGUCGCUUAUAGCGAGGACAUCCAUCACACUUUGGCUUGCGAACUUGGCAGGAGGCUUCGAUUUCCAUCGUCGCUCCCCUAACCGAUCCCUCCUACCGUCCCAGUGAAAGCCAAGCCAUCGGCAGCAGGCGGGCGGUGGUGCCGCCUUUCGCGGGGUCGGAUCUGGUCCUGAGCCCUUCGCAAUGGAGCAGCCACGUGGUCGGCAAGCUCUCCACGUGGGCUGACGUGGACUCGCCUGAUUCGCUGAUGCGCAUCUGACAGCGAGACCGUGAUUAAACAGGAGAUCAGCUGGGCCUCGCAUUUGUCACUCCAGGCGUGUCUGCUGCCGACGCCAAGGCUCUGGACUGCGGCAACUAUGCGCGGUGCAUCAACCAAGUGCUGCAGGGGCUGUCCAGCAUGCAGCUGUGGCUGCGCAUCCCCUGGUGUCUCGGAGCUGCAGCAGCAGAGGGCACGCCAGAGGAGGAUGCCGUGAUGAUGCAACGGGACCCCAACCACCAACCGCAUGUUGAACGACAGCUGGGAGUGGUGGAACGCCUUCCGCUGCCUCUGGCGAGCACCAUGGCCACCUCUCAGUCGCUCUUGACAUCACCGGGUCACUCCCUCUCCUGCUGCCUUGCACCGGUGGCUGGGGGAGCCAGUCAGAGCAGCCAUCCUGCACACGUCGGCCUUCCUCACCAACAAGAAGGGCUACCCGUGUCUCUCCAAGAAGCACCAGGCGCUCAUCCACACUCUCUUCAACCACUCUGUGCAAAUAGUGAUUUGCGGCCAGCCCUGCACGGCCCUCUGACUCCCCCCAUGACGCGUCCGCGGGGAGCGACGACAGCGGCAACGAGGGGAGCGAUGGGGCGAUGCUGUGAUCCCCAACCCCACUGCGCCUAUACCUGGAGUACAAUCGCGCACCUCUACCGCAAGCUGACCCGCUAACAGAGCAGGAGAGAUUUGAGGUGAUUGUGCCAACCGGGAUUUCCUGCAAGCCCUCUUCAGCCCCUCAUGGACAACCUCGAGGCACAGACGUACGAGACGUUUGAGAAGGAUGCUACCAAGUACUCUCAGUACCAAAAGGCAGUGUACGCCGCACUGAUGGAUCGAGUGCCGGACAGCGAAGCAGAGAGCAGCACAGUGGUGCUCUGGUUGUGGGGCAGGCAGAGGGCCCAGUCAGAGCAUCCCUGCAGGCAGCAGCAGAGGCCGGGCGGAAGCUGAAGUGUAUGCUGUGGAAAAGAACCCCAAUGCUGUAGUCACACUGCAUAGCCUAGUGGCCCUGGAGGGUGGCAGGACGUGGUCACCAUAGUCUCCUCGGACAUGCGGAGGUGGAAGGCACCGGAGCUGGCGGACAUCCUAGUGAGCGAGCUGCUGGGAUCUUUCGGUGACAACGAGCUGUCGCCCGAGUGCCUCGACGGGGCUCAACGCUUCCUCAAGCCGGACGGCAUCUCCAUUCCUGCAUCGUACACGAGCUACAUCGGCCCAUCACAUCAUCCAAGCUACACAAUGACGUGAAGGGGUACAACGACCUGGCGCACUUUGAGACGGCCUAUGUGGUGAAGCUGCACAGCGCUGCCCGGCUGACGGAGCCUAAAGAAGUUUUCACCUUCACCCAUCCCAACCACCAAGAACCCAUCGACAACACCAGAUACAAGCGGUUGCUCUUUGACCUGCCGCCUGACACUGGAUCUGCACUAGUGCACGGAUUCGGAGGUUAUUUCGACGCUGUGCUCUACGGCGAUGUGCAUUUGGGGAUCGAGCCAUCCACCGCCACCCCUUCCCAUGUUCAGCUGGUUCCCCAUUUUCUUCCCUCUCCGAUUCCCCGUAUACGUGCCGGCGGGGGAGAAGCUAGAAGUCCACUUCUGGAGAUGCGUCGGCCCCACUAAGGUGUGGUAUGAGUGGGCAGUCACAGCACCUUCUAUGUCGCCUGUCCACAACCCUAAUGGCCGAUCGUACUGGGUUGGAUUGUAGCUUAUGGCAUAAACCCAGUCGUUGUAACUCUUCUUUGAGGAUCACUAGGUUGAUGCGCUUCCUCGAAUAGUGGUCUUUAUGAAUUUCCCAAUUCUUUCAAGAAAUUAAUGCGUUGUGAUUCACACUCGAGCCUUUUGCUGAGGUGGAGUUCAGUUAAGUACGUUGGAUUUGUUAGGGCUACAAACAACACUCAAUUUGUGCUAAGGGCUAUAUAUUUGCGUU